GAUCUAGCAUCAACCAUGAAGGUAUUCGUUUGUUUAUUGGCCGCCGUGGCGAUCGCCAACGCUGGUUAUAUCGGCGGUGGAAGUGGUGGCUGGUCCGGCGGUGGUGGCGGCGGUGGCUGGUCCGGCGGCGGCGGUUAUGGUGGCGGCAACAGUGGAUGGUCUAGCGGCGGCGGAAGCGGUGGCUGGUCAAGCGGAGGCGGCGGUGGCUACGGAGGAGGUGGCUGGUCCGGCGGCGGCGGUCAUGGCGGAAGCGGCGGACAAGUAAAGAUCAUCAAGAUCAUCACCAGUGGAGGCGGCGGUGGAUACGGAGGUGGUUUUGGAGGCGGUAGCGGAGGUGGCUGGAAGAGUGGAGGCGGUGGAUUAGGCGGAGGAUACGGAGGUGGAAGCAGCGGCUGGAAAUCCGGCGGAGGCGGAGGAUGGAAACUAGGCGGCGGUAGCAGUGGCUUCGGCGGAGGUUACGGAGGCGGCAGCAGUGGCUUCGGCGGAGGUUACGGUGGCGGCAGCGGCUGGAAGAGCGGUGGUGGUGGUGGUAGCGGCUGGUCAAGCGGCGGCUCUUCUGGAUGGUGGUGAAGCUCAUACGACUCGAUAAUACACUGAUACCUCGUAA